CAUAAAAAAGCUAGCUCAUGGAUGCAAACAAUGUAGUUCUCCCCCGUUUUGAAGUGGUUCUAAAAUCCCAUAUUGGAAAACGAUUGGAUUCAUUUUCGUGUUCCACUGCUAGGUUUUAUGGGUAUUAUGACGCGUCCACUGUGGGGCUCAGUCCAAAAUAGUUUGUUGAAAUGCUUUAACGUUGCGCUUUAAAAUCCACGUCUUGGCAAGCUGGCUAACGUUAGCUAACUUAUGAAUUCAUAAAACGUUUGAUACUGAUUCGUGUGCCCCUCUAGCAGCGAUAUCAAUAUUACAGCUAGCAUCUAUUGAAUAAUUAUGGUGCCAAUCGUGUCUACCUCAAUGUAAAUUUUCCAGCUACUAGACUAUAUUUCCAGCCUUGCUUUAUUGCCACACUGCCAGAAUCCAGGCCUCCAAAGAUUCAGCCAACCUCCACUCCCCCUUUCUUCCUGCUAACAUUACUCUCCCCGGUUACCACUUUCCAGUUACAUUUGGCAUAACGUUACAAAUUUCGCAUGCACAAUUGCAUUUUAACCACAGAUCUUUCUGUUCUGUCUCUUAAAUGCAGGAAAUGGAGAGAAGAUUAAAAAAGUUUAAGAUUAGCCAGAAAGAGAAGGGAGUAAAAUGCUGACACUGUUGGCCCUCGGUUUUAUUUUUUUCCUUUCAAUUAAGUCUUAGACAACCAGAUGAGGGGAGUUCCUUACUAAUUAGUGACCUUAAUUCAUCAAUGAAGUACAAGGAGCAAAACCCCGCUGACACUCAGCUCUCCAUGGAAUGAGUUUGACAUGUGCAUUACUCAAACAAGUCAUAGGGCAAACAUUUCUGAUAAUGGACAGGAAUUUUGGAAAAUAGGCUCUUAAUUAAAUCCAUUUGCAUUUCACAAACUUAACAUCACUCAAAACAUCUCCUGUCCACCUCACACGCACUAAGCAUUUUCUCUCAUACUUCCAUUGACCUCCCCUCAUCUCCCACUGGUACAGCCGCAUUCAUAGUCCCCUCAUACUCACAGCCUUCUCACUGAAAUCACCAUUCACACUAGUUUGUUGUUUUGCUCCCAGACUGUCCAGUAAUUCUACAUGGUCACCAUCGAAGACGGCCAUCAUGAUCCGGAACAACUCCCCCCACGCAGCCCCUCUGCCCCAGAUCCACAUUCUGAAGAGACCCUCCAGUAACGGGUCGCCCCAGGGCCAGAACCGCCCCGCGCCACAGGUCAAGUCCCUGGCCCAGCGGGAGGAGGCAUACGCAGAGGCCAGGAAGAGAAUACAAUUCAGCGCCAGCCCUGAAGAGUGGCCUCAGGAAAAGCUGAAUGCAGACGGGGAUUACAAAUUCCACCACACCCCCAGAGGACCAAUCAAAAAAUCAUGCUGUCCGCCUACUAGCAUGCCUAGAUGGCACACAAGCCUUUCGCCAAAACAGAUAAGUGGAAUAGGGGCCAUCCUGACAUGGGGAGAGUGAUUUAAGAGGAACAUGAAAUGGCUGGGGUAAUAGUAGGGUGUAAAAAAAAUACAAAAGGCCUCCAAUUCUAUGGGAUUGUGCUGUGAAUCUAAAUGCAUAUGUUCUCCCCUCAUGGCUCCCACUGGUAAUGUGUGGGAUGGCUUAGAGGGGAAACAUGCUUUCUCUCUCUCCACCCCACCACAACUGUUUUAACACUGUGACAAAGACAUCUUGGGACUCUGCUCACUGUGAUGGUCCCUUUAAGUACCCCACCCUACACCCAUGUUGCCCAAAGAAUCCUCUCCUUGUCUCUUAUCUGCCUAAAGUGUGACCAGCAACCGGUCCGUCAUGGGAAACCUGAGGUUCUGCUUUAUGCAGCUAAUUUGGACAUCAGCCGUGGACUCUUCAAUAUGGAAAUACUGAGUGCAGAGGAUUCCUGAAAACAGAGGAGAGAAGAAUAGCGACCGAAGCAAAUCAAGGCAAUAGAGGAAUGAUGCAGCUUCAUCCAGCCAUAAUACUGGAGAUACUGUUCCUCACGUUUUUAUUUUAUUUACAUUUUGGUUAUCGAUGAUGAUCAAAUAAUCUGUCACUUGCCAUUAGUUUUUAAGAGGGUGAUGUGUGGAAGUACUGUUUACAGCGGUCUUUUUUUGUUGUCUCAGACUGUCCUGAUUUCAUUUAUUUUUUAUUUUUUAGAAACAGUAAAACAAAAGAACAAAUGGACCAAAAUCCACUUAUCUCCAUUCUUAAGCAGCUUUUCUGCAAGAGGCGGUAGUAAUAUUAGAGCAGUAUUUAAAUUAACAUGAACUAAACCCCAUUUUAAAUAAUCCUGUAAAUAUCAGUUAAUUCCAACUGUAUACAG